AUGUUGAAAACAGAAAUUAAUCUUCUUAAACAUACAGAUAAUAUUAUACCGAAAGGCGAGAAGAAUAAAUGUGGUGAUUGGAUAAAUUGGCUGACACAAUCCAACUGUGGAAGGGAAACUAUAUUUUGUAAUGUUAUUAAAGCAUUGAAAACAUUUAUGAUUAUACCAGUAACGAGCUGUGCUUGCGAGCGUUCAUUUUCUAAACUUAGUAUUGUGAAAACCAAGCUACGCAGCACCAUGACACAGGAUUCAUUGAGCAAGAACUUGCUUAUAAUAUAA